GCCUGCCCCGAGCGGAAGCAGUCGCCGUGUCCGUCCGGGUCGGAACGGCGGCGGGGCGGACGGGGCAUGCCGCUGGUGGUGUUGUGCGGGCGGCCGGGCAGCGGGAAGAGCCGGCGGGCCGCGGAGCUGCAGGAGGCUCUGGGCGGGCCCGAGAGGCAGGCGCAUGUCGUGGCCGAGGCGGAGGGCGGCCGGUCUGCGCUGCGGGCCGAGGUGGAGCGGCUGCUUAGCCGGCGGGACGUGGUGAUCGUGGACGCGGGUAACGAGCUGCGGAGCAUCCGCUACGAGCUGUACUGCGCGGCGCGGCAGGCGGGCACGGCGCGCUGCCUCCUGCACUGCGCCGGCGGCGCGGGCCGCCCCGACGAGCCGCCCUUCGAGGCUCCCGACCCGGGCAACCGCUGGGACCGGCCGCUCUUCACCGUGCACGGCGAGGAGCCGCUGCCGCUGGCCGACAUCCGCGCCGCCCUCUUCGAGAGCGCCCCGCCGCCGCCGCACCGCGCCACCCGCACCCAGCCCCUGCAGUCCUGCAGCUUCCUUCACCACCUCGACCGCGUCACCCAGGAGGUGCUGGCUGCCGUCAUGGCCGCCCAGAGGAGCGGGGCGCAGCCCGGGGAGCUGGUCCGCGUCCCCGGCGUCGCAGAAGGGCUGGUGCUGAACCGGCCCGUGAGCAUGGCUGAGCUGAGCCGUCUGCGGAGGCAGUUCAUCAGCUACACCAAGAUGCAGCCCAGUGACGAAAACUUGCCCCAGCUGGCCAGCAUGUUCCUGCAGUACCUGAGCCGCAGCAUCCAGUGAGCCCUGUCACCUGUGGUGCACACGGCAGUGGCCACGAUUUGGUCCCAAAGUACUUGCAACAGGAGGAACACGCCUUCCAGCCACGGACCUGGCAGAGCUCGGGGCCAGCAGAUCACAUAUUGGAUCAUGUGGCAGCAGCAGCUCUGAGAGGAUGGAUGCUGUGUCCUUGCAACAGCUGUGCAAGCUAUAUUGCUAAGAGGAUCUACUGGGAUGCUGUUGUCCCACCUCCCCAGUUGCAUCCUUUGAAAGGAAGAGUUACUGUUUCAUCCCCAAGCAAGUGAAGUCUCCUAUGGAGACAUAAACCACAGUAAGCAAACAGUGUCUGAGCAUGAAAACCUGAAAGGAAAACCUUUCCCUUCCGUGUUGGCAUGUGUAUGUCUUGAAUAAGAAGAUUGCUUUUCCAAGAUUGUCUCCAGAUUAUGUCAAGCUGCAGAAGAAACUUCAAGUCCAGAACUGCACCAGGCUGUGUUUUUAGGGUGUGACUGUUUCAUAAAACCCUGCUGAACACAAGAGAUAGAUUUGCAAGCUCUGCACAAACAGAAAGGUGCUGGCUUGGCAAACUCAAACCUCUGUUUCAGGUUUAACAAUAAAAUGUGUGCCUUAAAUGGAGGCUAUGUCUUUUCUGUGCAAGGU